CUGAGAGUGGGUUUUGGGACCUGCGAUGGUACCAAAACGAAUGCCAAGCGCCCAAUUACAGCCCAAUGGUUCAUUCGAAUGAGGCGUAGUUGCCAAACUGAUUGAGGAGAUUUCAAUUUGGCGCCAUUCUAUCAAGUGUCGGUCCACUUUCGACGCCCUCUAGCGGACGUACUCGCGAAGCGCGACCUCUGGCCUAUUUUCGCAACCGACGCCCAAAUAUUCGAGAUAAAUCGGUGUUUUGGCAACCCCGCGACACCGAAUGUUUUCAAACGUUCCACUUAAACGCGUUAUCGCGUUCCGUCGGCGAGUUAUCAAAACCGCAAUCGCGCAUUAAAAACAUUUCAAUUCAUAGUAGUUUUUUAAUCGUGCACUUGUCUAAUUAAGGAGAGGAAAUUAGAGCGAAAAUAAUGAUUAGAUCUCUAAUAUGAAAUUAACGCUUAGAGAAGGUAGGAUCCAGAAAGCAUGAACAUGCUCAGGCGUCGUGUGUCGAGGGCGUUCAGAAAGAAGUCCUGCAACGUCGAGCUGGAGUGCCUGAAGGAAUGGAUGGAGAACAAUCCCGAUUUGCAAUGCAAGAUCGACGACCACUGGCUGCUCGUGUUCCUCUCGAGCUGCAAGUACAACGUCGAAAGGACCAAGGCGAAAAUCGAGAUGUUCUACAUCGUACGAUACGCGAUGCCCGAAAUCUUCACGCAUCGUGAUCCACGAUUGCCUCGCGUGCAGCAGAUACUCAACUUGGGUUUGUUUGUCCCACUCGUCAAUCCAACCGCGGAAGCUAAUUACGACACGGUAAUCGUGAGAAUGACCUUCUUCGAUCCUGAGAAAAUUCCCAUACAGCUCAUAAUGAAAGUCGACCUGAUGAUCAUCGACGUUUUGCUGACGGACGCGGCGACCCAGUUUAAGGAUAUUGAGUUUUUGAUCGACCUGAAGGACUUCUCCAACAACUACCACGAGCAACUCUCGCCCAACCAGCUGAAGCGGCUCCUCCACUACUUCGAGGACUCGUACCCGGUUAAAGUGAGGGCCGUACACUUCAUCAACCCCCCGCCUUUCGCGAUGCCCUUCCUCAACCUCUUCACCCUCUUCGUCUCCGAGAAGAACCGGAACAAGAUCCGCGUCUACUGCGAGAACGAGGAGUUCGACGUUACCCAAAUUUUCCCGCGCGAUGCCCUCCCCGUAGAGCUGAACGGCACGAACUCGAGUCUGGAAGAGAUGCGCGCCCAAUGGAAGGCCAAGGUCGAGGACUAUCGCGAUUGGUUCUUGGAGGGUGAGAAUCAGCCGACGCCGGAUUCGAAUGCCUUUUGGAUUGCAUAACGCGCCUGCAUCACUUUUACCACAAACUGGAGCGAACCAAAGGUAGGUCCGCGUUGCAGCCAAAGUUCCACCGAAAUUGCCUUAAUUGAAGAGAUUGUAAACGAAAUUAGAUUUAAAUUUUUCAAAGCGAUCCAAUUUUCAAUUUUUCUUGGAGGGCGCCAUUUUCAAAAGAGUACCCUACUCUUCGUAACCUAAUCCAGCGAUACCUGUAAGUUAGCAGAGCGUUAAGUCUUGAUUUUCAAGGAGAUAAAAAGUUAGGGGUACUUAAAUUUGAUUACAGAGAUGAUUAAUACUAAUUGUGUGAAGUGCCGUAGACUGUAGAGGAUCAAUUUUAUUUUGCACGAUAAACGAUGAAAUAAAAUGAUGGGGAGAAAUAGAAGUUUGGGACUUAUUAAGACACUAUACGGACCACAGAAGAGAUUGGGGAUGGGGGAGA